AUGCAUAUUGCCGUGAUUUAUGGGCUUUCCGGUGAGAAUGAUUUUGAUUUGGCAUGGGAUGUUCUGAAUGAAAUGGAGGGACAAGGGUGUGAGGCAGAUGUUAUUAGUUAUACUGUGAUCAUUGGUGGGCCUUGUAGGGAAGGGAAAUUGGUGGAAGCAAUUGAGUUGUUUGAAGACAUGUGGAGACAGAUAGGGGACAAGAAAGUUCUUAAUGGGCAGUUUUGGAUAGUUUGGCCAGAGGAAAUUAAUAUUAUUGAUGUUGGUACAUGGAGGAUGGUGAUAUCCAUGGUAUGCUAUAAAGAUAAGCUGCCAAAUGCCUGUGACUUUGUUGAUCCUCUGAUAGGCAUGAGGUUGGGCACUUUUAGUCGACUGAAGCUGGUCAUGGGCAAUUACCCCUAUGAUGUGCCCAGGUUGAAUCUCACCACUGAAGUUGCUGCGCCAAUUGAGAGGAACUUACUUACCACUGCCAUUGUAAUUUCCUUAGAGUUUCACCUAGGGGAUCCCACCAAGCCCAAAAAGGAGGGGGGGGGGGGGGGGGGGGUUUGCUAUGCACCAUCUUUAGAAGCAAGGAAGCUCUUGAGCAUUCAGACAGAGGAAGUUCCUACUCUCGAUGGAAAUCGAGUCCUAAGUCCCCUUCCAAAGGGCACUACUCCACUUUCCUCCCUGAGUGGUAAAGUACAUGCAGUCGCCAGUGAUGAAAGGCAAAUGGAUCGCGUUUUGCAAUCGGUCCCAAGUCCUGGAGUUGGCCAUUAA